CGCUAAUAUGACAACAACGUGGUCAAAAUUAAUUUCCCGGGCCGAAAAGUUAAUUGGAGGUCCCUCACCAUAUAUUAAUUUAGGGAAUAUAUUAUCUUCUGAAGCUGGUUCUUUAGCAUCGCGAGCUCGACGACUGGCAGGAAAUGUUAACCAUCCAUUUUUCUCAACCGUGCGCUCAUGUCUUCGAGGCAGAUAUGUUAACAACUUAUUUUCUAUUUCCUCUGCUAUAUCAGAUCGUUUUUCAAAAUCUGUAACAUCUGAACGUCCCUCUGGUGGGCUGAUUAUACUUCUGGUUGGCCAGUCAUACGCUAGUCCCACAAACUCAACAAAAUUGUGUGGUCAACAUCGUAGUAUCUCGGAAAUAUUCGAGACUGUUCAUACUGCAGUAGCUAUUCAUAAAAGUUUAGUCAAUUUAAAUGAUUUGAAUCAAAACACCGAUGAUAAUGAAACAUGGUUGAAAAAUAUGGAAAUCUGCAAUAAAUUGGCAACCUUAUCUGGAGAUGUUCUACUUGCAUCUGUCUCUACCAGCUUGGCUGGAUUGCAUCACGCUAAUGUUGUCGGUGUUGUGUCCGAAGCAAUUGGAAAUAUGAUGGAGGCUGAAUUUCACGAGUUAGCUACCAAUUUAAAUGUAUCAAAUACCAAUAAUUACAAUCAUCAUGCUGAAAGUAGUAUUGAUGUCAAUUCAACUGUAACGUCUAAUGAAAUAUAUGACCUAUCGAAAGAAAAAUGGCUUUCUUUUGUACAAUUAUCACGUGGUGCUCUUUUGGGAAGUUGUUGCGAAGCUGCUUUAAUUCUUACCGAAAACCAUAUAUCUAAUCUGUCUAUUACACCAACAAAUAAAAUAUAUCCAGAUUGGGAUAAUUUUUUCUCCAUUGCAAAUCAUUUUGGAUCAACAUGGGCUUGUUUAAUACGGUUGACUGAAGAGAGGGAACAUAUUCAGCGUACUUGGUCUACCAAUCAAACCACUGAUGCAUAUUGGUGUAUAAAAAGGGAAAUGCAAUAUAUGAAAAACAAUAUGUAUGGGUAUCAAUCAGUUAUUCCAUCUUAUUCAGAAUAUGGUUUGAAUGAACCAACAUUUGCAGAUGCUCUGCUACUCUCUUUACCUUCAUCAAAAACGGAUUAUAAACUCAUCGAUAUUCUUGAUGAAGUUUUGUCAGAAUAUAAUAGAAUCGGACGUGAAUUAGCUCAGAAAUUACGUGAAUAUUUUAAUCAGAUUGUUUUCAAUGCAGAACAAUUCAAUAUUAUUAGUGAUAACAUUAAUUCUAUUCAUAUAAAAGACACUAGUAAUUGUUCACCUGGUAUACAGUUGUUAGGUGAAAUGGUAGACAAACUUAUCAGUGAUUGUAAUUGUUCUCCAUGA